CACUGAGAUCUACAGAUGUGUCUGGGCUUUGAUCCAGUGAUCUUCUUGGUUCCAUGAAACUAUUUUCUGACUUUUGCCUCCCAGUUUUAACCCAUUACUGCAGUUUAUAAAGUAUAUAUAAUAUAUUUACAUUUUUCUUCUUCUUCUUCUCAGAGUCCAGUCCACAGAUGGACAACACCACAGCUCUCACGUUCAUAAUGACCGCGUACUCGGCCAUGGAGAACUACAAACACUGGAUGUUCUGUGUGUUCCUCCUGCUGUAUGUCAUUACUGUUUUCCUGAAUGUUCUGCUCAUUACAGUCAUACACCAGAACAAAAAGCUGCAUCAGCCCAUGAACGUCUUCUCCUGCGCUCUGUCUCUGAAUGAGCUGUACGGCAGCACCGCCCUGCUGCCCACCAUCAUGGCUCUGCUCCUGUCCCAGACCUAUGAAAUGACCGUCAGGUGGUGCAUGAUGCAGGUGUUCUUCCUGCACACGUACGCAGCCGCGGAGUUGUGCAUAUUAGCUGUGAUGGGCUACGACAGGUACAUCGCCAUCUGUAAACCUCUGCAUUACCACGGCCUCAUGUCCAACUCCAGGGCGGCCAUGAUCAGCGCGUUAGCAGCCGUUUACCCCAUGUUAGUCUUCGGGAGCUUCUUCUCACUGACUGUGCAGAUCAGCAUCUGUGGAAAUGAGCUGCACAAGUUGUACUGUGUGAACAUGGAGCUGGUGAAAAACUCCUGUUCGUCCUUCUCAUACAUUAGUAACGUGGGCCUGCUGCUGCUGCUGAUCCUGGUGGUGCCUCAGCCGGUCAUGAUUGUUUUCUCUUAUGUUAGGAUUUUAAAAGUGUGCAGGAAACUGUCGCGGGAGUCUCAACGCAAUGCCCUGAAAACCUGCCUGCCACACCUGCUGUCCCUGUUGAACUACACCAUCGGUUCCACCUUUGAGAUUCUCCAAACCCGGUUCAACACAACACACGUCCCCAUAGAAGCACGCAUUUUCCUGUCCCUGUACUUUCUCGUUACUCCCCCCAUCGUUAACCCGGUGCUGUACGGACUGGGCACUAAGCUGGUCAGAGACCACAUCCUCAAACUGUUCAUCAGAUACAAAGUCCUGACCACACUGAUAGCCAAAGCUUUAGUAUAAAACUGUUCGUGCCCCGCAGUGACCCUCGGUUAUUUUUAGCCUCCCCCUCAGAAUUUGAAAUAAAGAUAUUUUUAAUAAAACUGUUAAUGAAGUCCUUAAGUGUAGUAGUGUGUACUGACAGCUGUCCAGCUGAUGUUGAUGAUAAUGA